AUGGCCCAACAUUCCACCUAUAUUCGACACGUACUUCUUUACGAGUUCGAAUCUGGCCACCCCGCUGCUGAAGCCUAUCGAAACCGCUUCAAAGCCGGAAACAAGAAACUCGAAGAUGAGCCUUGCACUGGUCGACCGACUGCAAUACCGUUCGACGAACUGAAGAAUCUGGCGGAGCAGCAUCCAUAUGAAGAUGUGCGGAAUGGUGAAAAAGCUCGGUCAGUGGCUCCCAUAUGCAUUGAGCGACGGCAACGGCCAAAAACGCCUGGACAUCUGCACUCAGCUGCUCUCCAAAAGCAGCAGAUUCGCUUUAGCUAG